UUGACGGGCGUACGCAGUUGUGAUAAUCGACGUCGUCGUGUUGCCUUCCAAAAACACGAUAAAAUGUCGGAGUCUUACGAUUUUUUGUUUAAGUUCCUCGUAAUCGGAAGUGCUGGUACUGGUAAAUCAUGCAUCCUUCAUCAGUUUAUUGAAAGCAAAUUCAAACAAGAUUCAAAUCACACAAUUGGUGUUGAGUUUGGAUCGAAGAUCAUCAACGUCGGUGGCAAGUCAGUCAAACUACAAAUAUGGGACACAGCGGGUCAAGAAAGAUUUAGAUCUGUCACGAGAAGUUACUACAGAGGGGCAGCAGGGGCCCUACUUGUCUAUGAUAUUACAAGUCGUGAAACAUACAAUGCACUCACAAAAUGGCUGACAGACGCACGGACAUUGGCUAGUCAUAACAUUGCAAUCAUCCUGUGCGGGAACAAGAAGGAUCUCGACGCAGACAGAGAAGUUACAUUCCUUGAAGCCAGCAGAUUUGCACAAGAAAAUGAGAUGAUGUUUUUGGAGACAAGUGCGUUGACUGGAGAAAAUGUAGAGGAGGCUUUCUUGAAAUGUGCAAGGUCGAUACUCACCAAGAUUGAAUCAGGUGAAUUGGACCCAGAGAGGAUGGGAUCUGGCAUUCAGUACGGCGACUCCACACUCCGCAAAGUCACAAGGACACCGGCCAAUGCAGACAAUAGAUGUGGCUGUUGAAUAUUCAUGAGAUGCAAGUAUUCCUGGCAGCUAGCGAUGGAAGUCAACAAUAUACAGAUAUUUCAGUGUAGGAUGGGUUGCUCUAUUAUUACCGUGGGGGGUUUGUGUUUUAGUUCUUGUCCUUAAUUGGAUACUUAACAUUCAGUUACGUUUUUGAGGUGAUAAUACGACUUUCAAUGUCAAUCUUUUUUUCAAAUGUGAAACAGGAUCUGGACACUGAUAUUUUACAGAACAAAAUUUAAAGUAACAUUUUAAUGUUGGUGGCACUUUUUACAGGUAUGGUCAGCGAAAAAUUUAAGAUUUCUUUUUCAAAAGUAUUCAACUUAGAAAAAAACCUUCCACACUUUUGAUGUCAUUUUUGACCAGAUCAGUAAAGGAUUUGUGGCUACCGAUUCACCAUAUGAAGGUUGUCUAUUGAAUUUACUGGUACCACGAUAUAAACAGACCCACGGUAAUAUGAGGCAUGACUACACAUAAGGAUUGUGUUUCUGUUAAUAUGCAAGUUCAAAAGCCUUGUCAAAGUGCAUAUAGACAGAACAAAGCUUUGUUGUGCUGGAGAGUCUUUGUAUGAAAUACAAGGUCAUCCAUUGUGAGAUCGUUACAAAAAGAAAGGACAACUUAUUAUCAAUGUCCUCAUGCUGGAGAGCUCAGUUUUAUGCCAAUGAAUUAAUAGACCCCUCACAUAAAAUAUGUAAAUUGCACAUAGCGCUUGCACACUUUUGGUUGGCAAAAUGAGGGAACGCUGAGCUGUUUUUGUAUGCGGCUAUUGGCUGCGUAACGCAGAUUCGAUUGUGCAUCCGCCGAGUGCACAUCUCUAUGGUGUUUACAAACCAAUAUGGUUUGUACGCAAGCGUGAUUAUAAUUAGCAUGUUUCAUUGGAAGGUUCUAUUGUUUAUAGUAGGACUUGUUUGCCUUCAAUUAUUGCCUUUCAAUCAUCAACCUUCUUGCUGUUGGUAACAUCUUUACGAGAGUUGACAAACGUUUUAAAACCAUUCAUGAGUGUUUUGUGUAGAUGCAUUCAACACGUGAUAUUAUAUUGCAGGCUGGCGUAGUUCAUCUGUCGUUUAAAACCACAGUGGAUGAUUUUGAAUGGUCAGACAGUCGGAGGGUUUUAAUGAGCAAAAUGGUUUGAAUGGUAAAUGCACUAUCGAAGCUCUGCUCAGUGCAAUAAUAAUGCAACAGGCAUUAGAUGGUUGUGCAGUCCAUUUUGUCCAACAGGGUGCCUGUUGUGGGUUGAAGGCAGAACUUUUAUGUUUUAACGAUUAUGCCCAUAUCAUGUUAUGGAGAAUGCUGAAAAUGUCUGUAUAUUGUCCAAAUCUAGAGAAGUAGAGCUUUAUGUAUAUAUUUUACUACCAGGGUUUACUAAACCAAGUUUAUGUAUUAUCAUUUUCCUUCCCCUAUAGGGGUGCCAUGGUUCUCUUGUUGUCGUUGUUUUUCUUGGUUCUUCCUGUUCUUUUCACAGUCGUAGUUUUACGAAAAGGGCUAAUGUCAUCUGUCACUCGGGAGGAAAAGCAUUUUGUAAACAAAAUUCUAGCCGUGAUAUAAUAUGUUGUGUAUCUUGAAACACGGUGUUACAUCAUGGCCAACACAAAUGUAUUCAAGUUUACUUUGUUUGAAUUUAAAAUUAGCUGUGUUCAUGUCGGCUCAUUGUCACUGAAAAAGCUCACAUUUGCAAAGCAGUCAUACAUGUAACAUCUUUGCACGAUUUGAGUAAGCCAUGCUUUAUUAAAUCAGGCAUUGUUGCUUGGGUGGCUAGUUGGAUGGCAUGAAUGGCUAGUGCUACCGCGCUUACCACUUCCCCGCAGAGCCCUGGUUCGAUUCCAAACUGGGGCCGUACAUGUAAGUAGAGUUUUGUAUCAAUGGUUCUUGCCUGUGCCAUGAGGUUUUUCUCCAGACCCGCCAGCUUGGCUGGCUACUAAAUGUGAACUUGCAUACUUGCGGCUGUGAUGUUCAAAAUUCACCUACUCUGUUGCGAGUAAGGAUUAUUAGCCUCCAAAACUAGUCAUUAUUAUUAUAAUAGAAUGAAGAAUCUUUUAAGAGUUGCCCUGGGGAUUUCUUCUUAAGAGCUCAGAAAGCACCUAGAAGAUAGUUUUGUAAUCAUACACAAGCCUGAAUGCUUUACAGAAGCAGUGGAGGCAAUUACCUUGGUGCCCCUUGUAACGUUCCAACAAAUAUUUCCAACUUCCUCAAGGAGGUGCCCUUUACAAAAGGAGAAAAUUACGUGGUGCCCAUGCCCUUUCAGGAACAAAGCAUCACGCCUGCAUAAAUUCUUAAUGAACGAACUGGAAUUAAUAUUUGUAUUUCCAUCAUAUUUUUACAAGAACGAAAACCUUUCCAUGUUUGACUCCAUUUUGGUACAGAAACUGUAAAACAACAGCUUUUAAGAAGGCAUUCAAAAUGUUUACCAGAAUGAGAAAUUCCUAGCUGCUCGGAAAGCUCAUUCAUCAUGUUAAAAAAAGUGUAAAUAGUCCAAUGUAUAAAUUAGUAUUACCAUCAAGAUGAAUUGUUUUUUCUUGUACUUUCAAUCACUUUCAUAAUUUGUAUGUCACAAAUGCAUAGUUUAGGUAACACCCCAAAAUCACCGCUGAGAUUUUAGGUCCGAUAAAAAUGAAUGCAGGCGCAAUAAAUAUAGAUGACGCUUUAAUAUAUACUGAAUGAUGUUAACAUUUUUGAAGGAAUGAAAUGGUGAUAGCCGUGUACAUGUUAAUAUUAAUACGAACAGUAGUUGGAAUUGUGUGCUGAGGUGUAUUUUUCUCUUACAAAAAACAUCGGAAGUCUUGAGAAAACGACUUCUAAAGCCUGGUUCAUCCUGCGAAUGCGAAGCCAAUUUUGAUGCCACAGCCCUGUUUUCACAGCGAAUGUUUUGCAAGUGUUGAGCAGUUUUCAACUGACACGAUUAUUUGUUGUGAAUUUGUGAUGUCAAAAUUCGUUUCGCAUUUGCAGGAGGUAUGAACCCAACUUGUUGCUUUGUUUGCUGAUCAAUGGUUUGGAAGUCAUCGAAAAAAACUGACUUUCAAGACACCCCCCACUUUCAAAUCUAACUUGAAGUGUCGAAACUGAUACUUAAAAUACUGUCAGAUUGUAAGCAGUUGAUAUGAUACUGUCCAAAUUCUGGUUAGCUGAAGAACUUUGUGGUUUGCGGAAAAAACCUUUGCUUUGGUUGUUUUUAUAAACUGCGCAAGGAGAGUAUGGCCGGUUCCAGGUGACGACUACGGCUUUGGGUUCGGCUCAGGCUAGCUUGGCCCCGCCGGUUGUUUUGACAAUUGCGCGUGCUUUGCGUAUGCGCACUCAGUCUCAGGGCUUCAGACGAGAGGACGGAGCCUCAAGCCGAAUCCGAAGCCGUGGUUUUGAAAAGGGCCAUAGUGUCUCAAGUUCUGAAGGCAGGCCCUUCUACAUGUUCCAUUACAUCAUGUCCAGUCUUAAGCUUCACACAACUUCACCUCAAUAUUUGCUAGGCUAGAAGUAACGUUAUAUGGCAUUGUAUAUCACCAAUAGGCCUAAUCACCAACAAUCUGUAUGAUGUAGAGACUAACAUUACAUUUGUUUACAGAGGGGCUUUAAGGUCGAAUUAAGUUUUGCGAUGCACUCAUUUGCCAAUGCCAACAAAUAGAGUCCUUGUUUGAGUUUAAACAAUUUUUUAGUCUCUUUACUUCACGUUAUAAUUGUCAUUGAAUUUUAUACUCGUCCGCAGCGAAAAUUAAAGCAUGAAGUCAUUUGGUGUCAACAAAAAAAUAAUGAUGUUUUGAUUUAAAAUCAUGGAUAUUCAGAAAGGAGUUUUAAAAAGAAUUUGAAAUUACCUCUUUGAUGUGUUUGUAUGUCAAAACAUUUUGCACCGCAUGGGUAUGAAACACUUGGUAUUUAACACCGUUUAAUUAUUGUUAAGACACUUGUAAGUGUUUUUUAUGAGGAAUAUAUUCGCAUAACUCAAUUUGACCUCGGAGCCCCUCUUUAACUGUCAUUACUUUGCUAAUUAAUUGUCAUAUAAUAUGUGUAAAUAGCCAUUUUACUUGAUUGUAUGUACAUGUAUAUCCAAGAGAAUAAGCCUUCAAUAGUAAUCUUUCUUUGCAUUCAUGAAAAGAAUGUAUAAACUUAGUGAAUCGGUGAACCAGAAUACUGUUAAGCAAAAAAUACUACUUGAAAAAAUUUCUCUGCUAGGCAAAAAUUGAAUGGGCACCAGUGAUGACAAUGUAAACUUUAUGGAAUUUCGGCUGGUUGUCUUUUUGUUAAGCAAUUAGUUUCUGCUCUUAGCAAGUUUUUGUGCUUUCAGGCUUUAUGAAAUUGGCCAAGAUAGAUGGCGCUGGCAAGUGUAACAAAACAAAAUCAGCACUACAGAGUACAAUUGAAGAAAAUUCUGGGCGUAAAAGUUACUUUUAAACAAUAGCAUUAAAAAUCAGAUUAUUUGUGUGGAUACAAAUGUACAGAUUCAGUUUUUCAGUUAUUAAUGUCAAGAUGUAUAGCAAUUUAAUAAUAAUAUUUAACUGUCUGAUGCGUAUUUUUUUGUAGACGAUUCUUUUUUUUUUGUACGAGAUGCUCAUGUCUGUUGCUAAGAAUAGAGUACAUAUAAAUGAUGGCACUUUAUAAUUCAAUAAAUUAUGAUAUUUGACUAAUGUGAAGCAAUUAAUUUUAUUGAAAUUUGUUGAUGAUUCAAAUGAUUCAGCUGUUAAAAAAGAGGACAUGUUGAAUAGA